UAGCUGUCAGGAGCCGAGCGGCUGGCGGGCGGCGGGAUCCGACGUCUGCGCUGGAAGCGGCUGACAGAACCCAGCGCGGCAGGGGCGGCUAGGGCGGCGCGGCCCCCCGGCUCCCCCCGCCAGGUCGCAGAGGAGAGCAGGGACCAACGGGCGGCCGGCGGCGCUGGCAGGAUGGGGAACCGGGAGAUGGAGGAGCUGAUCCCGCUGGUGAACCGUCUGCAGGACGCCUUCUCGGCGCUGGGACAGAGCUGCCUGCUGGAGCUGCCGCAGAUCGCCGUGGUGGGCGGCCAGAGCGCCGGCAAGAGCUCGGUGCUCGAGAACUUCGUGGGCAGGGACUUUCUCCCUCGAGGGUCGGGCAUUGUAACCAGACGGCCUCUUGUGUUGCAGCUUGUUACUUCCAAAGCAGAGUAUGCUGAAUUUCUACAUUGCAAAGGAAAAAAAUUUACAGAUUUUGAUGAAGUUCGCCAUGAGAUUGAAGCAGAAACAGAUCGAGUGACUGGAAUGAAUAAAGGCAUUUCCUCCAUACCCAUUAAUUUACGAGUCUAUUCUCCACAUGUGUUAAAUCUCACACUUAUCGACCUACCUGGAAUUACUAAAGUGCCCGUGGGAGAUCAGCCACCAGAUAUUGAGUAUCAGAUCAGAGAAAUGAUUAUGCAGUUCAUCACGCGGGAGAACUGUCUCAUUUUGGCUGUUACUCCAGCCAACACCGAUCUUGCAAACUCAGAUGCAUUGAAGCUAGCUAAAGAAGUUGAUCCUCAAGGUUUAAGAACCAUUGGAGUCAUCACCAAAUUGGAUCUUAUGGAUGAAGGAACAGAUGCCAGGGAUGUUCUGGAGAACAAGCUUCUGCCUCUUCGCAGGGGUUACGUGGGGGUGGUAAACAGAAGCCAGAAGGACAUAGAUGGGAAGAAGGACAUUAAGGCUGCCAUGUUGGCGGAAAGGAAAUUUUUCCUCUCACACCCAGCUUACAGACAUAUUGCUGAUAGGAUGGGGACCCCACACCUGCAGAAGGUCCUUAAUCAGCAACUUACCAACCACAUUCGAGAUACCCUGCCGAACUUCAGGAACAAACUACAGGGACAGUUGCUCUCCAUUGAACAUGAAGUGGAAGCCCAUAAAAACUUCAAGCCCGAAGACCCCACCAGGAAGACCAAAGCGUUGUUGCAGAUGGUUCAGCAAUUUGCUGUGGACUUCGAGAAGAGAAUUGAAGGGUCAGGGGAUCAAGUAGAUACGCUGGAGCUCUCAGGAGGGGCUAAAAUUAACCGUAUUUUCCAUGAACGCUUUCCUUUUGAGAUAGUAAAGAUGGAGUUCAAUGAGAAAGAAUUACGAAGAGAAAUAAGCUAUGCAAUCAAAAACAUACAUGGUAUCAGGACGGGGUUGUUUACUCCAGACAUGGCAUUUGAAGCAAUAGUCAAAAAACAAAUUGUAAAGCUUAAAGGACCGUCCUUGAAGAGUGUAGAUCUGGUAAUACAAGAAUUAAUCAAUACCGUCAAGAAGUGUACCAAAAAACUGGCAAACUUCCCCAGACUCUGCGAGGAAACAGAAAGGAUUGUUGCCAACCAUAUUCGCGAGCGAGAAGGGAAGACAAAGGACCAGGUACUGCUACUGAUUGACAUCCAAGUCUCUUACAUCAACACCAACCACGAAGAUUUCAUUGGAUUUGCAAAUGCUCAGCAGAGGAGCAGUCAGGUUCACAAGAAAAACACAAUUGGAAAUCAGGGAACCAAUCUUCCGCCUUCAAGGCAAAUUGUGAUUCGUAAGGGAUGGUUAACCAUCAGCAACAUUGGCAUCAUGAAAGGAGGCUCUAAGGGAUACUGGUUCGUCCUUACUGCUGAAAGCUUGUCCUGGUACAAAGAUGACGAGGAAAAAGAAAAGAAGUAUAUGCUUCCCUUGGACAACCUGAAAGUUCGGGAUGUGGAAAAAAGCUUUAUGUCUAGCAAGCACAUCUUUGCACUUUUUAAUACAGAACAAAGGAAUGUAUACAAAGACUAUCGCUUCCUUGAGCUGGCAUGUGACUCACAGGAGGAUGUGGACAGCUGGAAGGCAUCUCUACUAAGAGCUGGGGUUUAUCCUGAUAAAUCUUUAACUGAAAAUGAUGAGAAUGGCCAGGCAGAAAACUUUUCCAUGGACCCACAGUUGGAGAGGCAAGUGGAGACCAUUCGCAACCUCGUAGACUCCUACAUGUCUAUCAUCAACAAAUGUAUCCGAGAUCUAAUUCCAAAAACAAUAAUGCACCUUAUGAUCAACAAUGUUAAAGAUUUCAUCAAUUCGGAGCUCCUAGCACAGUUAUAUUCUUCGGAGGACCAGAACACUCUGAUGGAAGAAUCUGCUGAACAGGCGCAGCGCCGGGAUGAGAUGCUUCGAAUGUACCAAGCCCUUAAAGAGGCCCUCGUGAUCAUUGGUGACAUCAACACCGCCACCACUUUCACCCCUGCACCGCCUCCUGUGGAUGACUCCUGGAUACAGCACUCCCGCAGGUCACCCCCUCCGAGCCCCACCACCCAGAGGCGGCUGACCCUGAGCGGUCCCCUCACGCGGCCCGCAUCCGGCAGAGGGCCCGCGCCAGCCAUUCCCUCUCCCGGACCCCACUCGGGGGCGCCCCCUGUGCCCUUCCGGCCCGGCCCGCUGCCCCCCUUCCCCAGCAGCAGCAGCGACUGGUCCGGAGCGCCCCCGCAAGUGCCCUCCCGGCCCACCAGGGCCCCGCCCAGUGUCCCCAGCCGGAGACCACCCCCAUCACCAACUCGUCCCACUAUAAUCCGUCCACUAGAAUCCUCCCUGUUAGACUAAACGAAGUGUCUGGCAUGGCAAUUAAUUACUAAUGAAUUAUGCGAAAGCAACAUAUUUGAUCAGUAAAUCAUGAGUAGUCGCAUGUGUGGACAUCAGUAGGCAAGUAACCAGUUUUACUAAUGCAUUAUUGCUCAUCUUCUUUGCUCAUGGUGUAUCAGACCUUUGGAGUUUGACUCUUGAAAACUGCUAACCUUUCGAGGCUUUAUAUGUCGUAUAUUGACCAAGGGUAGGUUUGUAUAGCAGCCCAGUAGUGGGAGAUCAUUUGCCUACCCUGGCAUAUAUUGAAAUUGCUUUGGACAAGUUCCCAGGUUAUCCACCAGGUAGCCCAUUAAGUAUAAUUCUUAAGAGCUAUGAGAUGGUGGGCUUAGACCUAAGCCAUACAUACUUAUUUUCCCACAUUCUGUUUGGCUGACAAAAAUUAUGUUGUCUGUUAUUAAUGUUUACUCCUACUCUAUAAUUACCCAUUAUAGAUCUAUCCUCUUUCCUUUUGCUUUAUUUCAUAGGACUGCUAGGAAGUGUUGUUGUUGUUUUUUAAUUAGGACUCCUUAAGAAUAAAACUUUUCCAGAAGCACAAGGUAGUUUGCAAAGGAAAAGUUAAUGCAUUGCUUGCUCUAGAGAGCUUUUCCUCAUACCACUGUGUUUUGCUUCAUGCUAGAAGCAUAUUCAACAGUGAAUCAAAGCUUAAUUUUUUGGUAGUCAGUGAGUAGAUUUGGCUAGUUUCAGAGUUCAAGGAAGAAGCAAAAUUUCACAUCUCUAGAAGUGUCUGGAAAUAUGUAAUUUCUUCAUUCACAAAUAUAUUCACCUCUUUAUAGAUUACAGUGAAGGUUGACAUGGAAAAUAUUUAAUUUUUGUACUGAUCUCAUUUUAGGCAUGGCUAACUACACUUUGACACUAACUCCGGUUUGUUUAUUUAUUUACUUGGUUGGAGCAAAAAUUUCUCUUUCCAUACUAAUUUGUAAUUCCCCCGUGUAAGAAUUUAUCCUACUUUUAAAACCUGUUUAAUGUAACUUCCUAUCCAUUCUAGGCUUUCUCAAUAGAUCUUGAGAUAUGGUUAUCUGGGAUAACCAUUUUUAAAGGGAGCCCUAGAAUGAAAAUAGAAGUCAUUUAGUAAGAGAUGCCAUGGUUUAAGAGCAGAGCUCACACUUUUGCAGUUGUACAACUUCAGAGUCUCUAUACCAGUCAUUCUAAAAAAAAAUUUUUUAAAUGGUAUUAAGACAUUGAAAUCUAAAGCAACUUGGCAAAUGCUAAUAACAUUUCUAAAAUUUACAAAAUCAGUUUAGCUUGGGGGUUAAUAGUUCAGUCUUGAGGCUGAGUUUUGGACCAUGUAGGACCAGAUGAUUAGCAUGUAGGAAACAGCCAGAAGCCAAGUGGAAUUCUGUCUGCUAACUGUUCCCAGACAGCAGAGCAAGUACUCACUGAAUAGUGGCGUCCCAUGACACUAUUUCAUAUUCUACAGAAGUAAAUCAGAUUUCACCAACUGAAAUGUCUCCCUUUGAAAGCAGCAAACAUGAUUUGUAUGUUAACUUAACUUUAAUUUCCUGUGUAGUUUAUACCCAAAGCAGACACCCAUAAACUAUGAAGUAAAAACUUUCAACCAUUAUUAAAAAGAGAACUUGCCAAGUUGAAUGGCAUUGUUCUGAGGUUAUUUCUAAAGGGUUACAGCUAGUCCACUUACAAUAGGGAAAAAUCAGAGAAUACAAGAUUUACAAAAAGAACAUUUCAACUUUUAAGUUACAAGUGAUUGUAUAAAGAACACCACCCUGAAUCUUCUCACAUCUUUUUUUUUCUCUUUUGAAAAAAAUCUUAACUCUUUAACUCUUUUGUGAAUGGAACAGAUGUGCAAGAUACAUAAUGUAUUUUUAAAAUACCUGCAGCUAAAUGGAAAUGUGUUAAGUAAAUGUCCACAGUAAAACAAAUUAUCUACAGUGAGGUCUUUUCAUAAAAUUCCCUCUUUUUAGGAUUUCCUUUGCUUCUUCCUUUGAAUUCUCUAAAAUAGGCAGCUAACGGAUUAUAUACUUCAGGGUUUGGCUUUGUGCUAAAUGUGGUUUUGCAUUUUGCUGUAUUUCAAAAAUUUCCUUCUGCUAAAGGAAAAUAUUGUGGAUAACCACUGGUGUGUUCUUAGAUCAGCACGAACCAUGUCAAAGAAAAUUGGAGAUGUUUUUCCAAGUUUCUUUCCACUGAUCUUAUAUAGUCAUAAACAAUGGCAUUUAUCGCCUUUGGCUUUUGCUCCCAGAUUAUAAUCCUACAGUUUCACUGUCCCAAUUGUCUCUCUUUGUAGGCACAUUUUUGUUCUUUUACUUGUGAGUUAUUUCUAACAGAACCCAGCUUCCCUUGGAAUUUCAGAAGUCAUGUUGGAGAAUACUUUCAGUUUGCUGCAGUACUGUGUCAUACAAUUAGUAUGAAUACCAUGUCCCCAAGAUUUGCAUCCUGCUAAAAGGAGAUGUCAGUGUGAAUGAAGUCAGAAGCUCUAAGAGGUGGGGAAAGUGCACUGAUACCAGGCCUUAAGGUGGGAAUGUAGCCUAAUGAGCUGAGAGUUUUCCGUAGCACCCCUCAUCUUUUGUGUAGCUUCCUCCUAACUGAUUGCUCUGAUGUUGUCUACACAGUAGAUGCCUAGCAUAAUCAGAUAAAACAUAACAGUAUUUUUAGGAUUUGGAAAAAUAAACUGUGUAUGUUUGUUUGAUAGGUAUAUCACUUCUUGUCACACGCUAAACCUUGCAUGCUUAUUGACUCAUUGGAAUAACUGUUUACUCAAUUGUGGACAGACUAUUGAAAUAGUAUUGAUUUAGGGCAGAUAUAUUGCAUUUCCAGAAGUCGUCUACCAAGAUUACUCUUCUGAAUAUUAAUCUUAGCUGUCAUUUAUAACACAGAAGAGCAAGUAGGGUCUGUUAUUAGCAAAUUGCCUACCUGUUCAGAUACAAACUUGUUCUAUUGCAAAACAUUCUAAGGAAACCAGUUCCUGUGAUAUAACUGUAUGCCUUCUAAACUUAGAAUUGAAAAGUAGUCAUGUAGAUUAAUUUUAUGACUUUUUAGUAUAGACUGUAGCCAUAAUUCUCAAAUAUGAAAUGGGACCUAAUACCAGUAUGUGAUAAAUGUUGAUGUUUUCUGUGUACAAACGUAUUUUCUAUGCAUGUGUCUCUGUGUGUACAGUAUAUACAUGGUAGGUUCAUUUCUGUAAGUACAUGUGUCUUGUGCCCCUUUGGGUAGGUAGGUUUAAGAGCACUUGUUAAAAUGCCACAAGCAUGUGUGUGAUUGUUUGUGCAUUGUGUAUAUAUGCUAUGUAUGGGUGUAAAUAUGUGUACACGUGCUUGGUGUGUGUGGGUAUGAAUAUAUUUUUUAAACUGUGUUAAUACAAGAGCUCGCUUUGGAGGGUCUGCCGUAAUAUGUGAUGGCAGUGGUUCAUAUAACUGUGAUAACAUACAUGAGGUCUACAAAAUUUUUUCCAGGAGAGGCACAAAGCUCAGAAUUACUGUGAUAACACGGUAGAGUAAUAUCCACAGACAUUUGGACCUAAGUCCACAGCACUGCUAUCUAAGAAGAAAUUACUUUUGCCAAAUGUAGUGUAAGAUCUGGAAACCCACUUUUACGGUCUGAUUGGAAUUAUAAAUUAUUCUUGGAUUGCUGAGCUGAACCUUAAAAAAAGCUAAAUUGGUCUACACAGUCAUUUUUUCUCUAUAGUAAAUGUCAAAAAAUAAAGUGGAGGGACAGCAAUAUAAUAAAAAUAAUGGACUUUUCUGAGUAAAUUUUCUAGAAAUGCAGGGAAGAAGUUAAUACUUCAGAGAUAGGUCAUCCACCCCCUCUUUCAGGUAACCAUUUCUCAUUUGGUAAACGACAUAAGUAUUUGAAAUUGACAGUAAUGUCCUUACCACUGAAAAUAAAGCCUAAAUAGUAGGUCUCUGAACUGAGGAACCCAGUGAAAGGAGAUAAUAAAUGAGACUCAAGCCCAGUGUUUUAAAUCAUUCCACCAAGAGGACUGCUACCUGUGAGCUCAGAGUUUAAUGUGAAUAAAACUAGAUGAUUGUAGAGAAACGAUAAUUAGUUUGCUAGAUCACUCAUUCCUUUCUUAAAAGCUCAAAUAUGUCUUCUAGAUAAUCUUAAGUCAUCCUGUCUAGUUGGUAUGCUUAAAAUUGUGUGGUGCUCUGUAUCGUGAAACUUGAAGAAUAUUUUGAAACAUACGUAGUAUAUGCUUUGCUAUCUGUAUAUAUGUGUAAGAAUGCGCAUAUGUGUGAGAGCAAGAGAGAGGGAACUCAAACAAGAGUCUCCUGUUUGUCGUAAGACGUGUUCAUACUGGUAUACUGGUGAGACUUCUCACCUCUCUGGUCUGGAGUUUCACACAUGGCUCAGCUCAAGGCAUUCAUUUUUUUUUUUUUUUAAUUUUUACCCUUGAAUUCCUUAAACUUUGCUCAUUGUGUAAUGUUUUAAAAAUUAUGGUAAAAAUUACUUGUCAACCUCUUGCAUUGUCUGCUGCCUGUUUGAUAAAAAAAUUAUUAUUCUUGUCCAGAAAUUUCACCAUUACUUGAUGUAUGUUUAAUUUCCUAUGUAUAGCCUUUGUUUUGCUUGUCUGUUUCUUUUCUCUCCCUCUUCUGAAUCACAUUCCUCUUUUGCUUUUUUAUGAAGAAGCAGUGUAUAGAAGCAAAAUCUUAACCUUCUCUACUGAUUCUUUAAUUAAUUUGAGCCAGAAUACUUUCCACUGUCUUCUUGGCACUUUCAGGAUUUCUUAAUGCUGAUAUAUGGAUGGACUCUGUGAAUGGAAUUUUUGAAGCAAGUUUCUCAAGCCUGUAUCAUUCUCGAAGGUCACAUGUACCUGUUGUGAAAAUGUGAAGCUGUUAUUUCUGAACCUGAAAUAAAUGAUAACAUUUGAAGGACUCCCCCCUUCCUCAUUCUUGUAUAAUAUAUUUGAGUCAUAUCCAUGCAAAUCAGUAAAAUGUGAGGCUUCUAAAUACUUAUAACCCUUUUGAUCAAAUUGGCCCAAAAUUAACAAAAUGGAGAAUAGCAUUUGGCAUUAUUGUCAGUAAUUUGGGGAAGGACAAGAUUUUUAAAGAGAGCAAAUUGGACAAAUCAAAGGCAGGAGAGUAGGAGACAUUUUAUUUCUGAUUCAAAGUCAGUGUUGAACUAGGUUAAAAAAGGACACAAGGCUUAGACAGUUGGAGGAUGCAAUGUGACCGUUGACAAGAGGCACCAUCUUAUUUUGCUAAUCAAAAGGAAAUGUUCAUGAAAAACCCUGGGAAGCAGAAGGAAAGAAAAUAUUCUGCCCAAAUGUUAGAUCCACAGAAGGCAUUUCUUACAAGAAAAAAAAUGAGCUCUUAACUCAACAGUUGGCCUCCAUUGUUUAUUCAUUGGGCAUUGAGAGGAGAAGUUACUCCUUAAGUUUCCCUAAUAUUAAGAAAAUGGAAUAGGAGAGUACUAAACAGUAGUAACUAAACUCAUCCUCAUCUUCAGUUUCCAGAGCAUAGAGACUCUUUGUUACAGAGUUUUAAUGAUAUGUCCUGUAUCAACGUACAUAGUCCCAGAUUGAACCAUCCGCCCAAAAACAGAAGACAAGAAGGGAAUGGGAGAAGAGGAAUGUUGGUUUAUUUCCUCUCUGUGUUCAGGAUACAUUCAUUGUGAAAAGAUGAAUUGCAAAAGCUGUUGUAUUAAUUCAUGCUUUCCUGUUGUAAUUUCUUUUUCAUAUCUAUACAUCUUGCAUGAAUGGAGACAUUAGUGCCUUCAAAGGAAACUCCUUACUGGAAAAGAGAGGAUGAGAAUCAUGCUGUACACUUGUGGGGUGUGUGUGUGUGUGUGUGUGUGUGUGUGUGUGUGUGUGUUACUUCAUGAUUCUUUAUUCCGAAUCAUUUCUAACUGGAAAUUAUCAAAACCAAAGGACCUGAUUUGGCGAACUACUUAUUUGGUAACUAUUUGGCAAAUUACCAUUUGUAGUCUUAAAAUAGCCCAGGCACAGGGGCGCCAGGGUGGCUCAGUCAGUUAAGUGUCCGACUUUGGUUCA